AUGUCGACCUCUUUGGCAAUGGAUCACCCGUCAAUACUGUCCGACGCCGGAGACAGUAGCAGUAGCAAUGAUCCAUUCAUGUCUCCUCCAUCGGUUUUGAGCGGCCACCGUUUUUCUCAUUUCGAUAAACAACUAUUCGCGCUUGGCCCUUCAACAUCUCCUGAGCAAGCCAAACGGGCACUAGAAGCACAUCUUGCAGAGACAGAACGAAGAAUCCAGGAGGCUUCGAACCUCGGUACCACCCUUUUACAACAGAGAAAAGAUUUGGGAGAGCGCUUGAAGGAAGUUGAGAAACAACAGAGUGAAGGAGAUAUUACACCAGAGUUGCGACAGAAAUUGGUUGAUAUUGAGAGAGAAUAUAAUGAAGUUGGAAGGGAGACGGCUAGAGCUUUCUUACCAAAGUCAAGAGUACCUAGCAGCGAGAUGGGAUCAUCACCUUUUACUGAUAAGCGUUCCGCAAGUCCCUCCAAAUUCGAAAGCCAUACAACUGCUACUGCUUCUCCUUCCAAAUUCAGUGUUCCUAGUCGAAAGCAGCGAAAUCAACCUGCGAAUAGGGUACAUGAUAUCGAAUUCGCGACGGAAAUUAGUACUUCAUUGUUAGCACAAGUGCGGCAUUUACAAUCACUUCUAGCAGAGAAGGAAGAAUCUCUCAAGACUGUUGCUCUCGAAAAGUCUAGGUUGGAAAUCGAGGCCGAAGGUUUUACUCAACGUUUGAGGAGUCUUGAUGAGAGCGAAAAUAGAUACAAGGAUGAGAAUUGGAACCUAGAAACUCAAAUCCAUGAGCAUUUGGCCACGCAGAAAGAGGCAUCGGAACGCGAAAAGAGGUUAACGCAGAGUCUAAGUCUCUUACAAGCCGAAAAGAGCGCAACGCAAAAGGAAUUGGACGAGAUCAAGUUAAAUCAUGCGAAACUCCAAGACGAACACACGUCCACCGUAAAGCAUCUUGAUGUGGAACUGGGUACUGCUAAGCGAAGCUUGUCGAUCUUCGAAACCGAAAAGGAGGCUCUUCAGAAGAAGGUUGAAGAAUUGAUGGGUCAAAAUUCAGAGCUUGCGCGAGCAGUAGCACAUCAUCGAGGACGAGUGGAAGAACGUGAGGCUUCUCAAGGCAGUGGUGAGGAAGAACCUCAGACAACAACUGAUAACAACACUCCUGAACACUCUCCACCUCCGUCGCCGAUCAAAAUGACUCCUAGACAUAGCAUGCUAGAAUCCGAAACUUUGAAGAGCUCUCUUCAUCACGCCCAUAGAAUGAUUCAAAAUCUCAAGGGUAAUAUUCAUAGAGAGAAAACCGAAAAGUUGGAACUGAAGCGUAUGCUGCAAGAGGCUAGAGAUGAAAUUGAGGUUGCGCGCCGAGGCGAACCACAAGUGGACUCCCCUGGUCCGAGAAGAGCUCGCAAGAAUGCUCCUAUUCAAGCCAAGAAGCCAUUCAAGGUGGGUCAACUCGGUGGUAUUAGGAAUAGUAGAAGUGAAGUCUUGAUCGAAGAGGAUCAAGAAGAUCACUUUGAGGACAUUGACUGGGAGGAUGACCAUGAACAACCAAGUCCUAGUCGUGGUUCCCGCUCUAUGGGCGCUACUUCUGGUGCUGCUAUCGCAGCUUCUAUGGCAGCUGGCCUCGCCAAGUCUUCUCAUAACCUUUUCGGAAGCUCUACUGAACAAAGUGAUGCUUUUGAAACGGCAAAUGAGCGUUCUACAGAGACGGAAGAUUUCCAAACUGGUGUAGAAGAUAUGACUGGCGCGGAUGACACAGACACAGAAACAGAAAAGGGUGGUACCAUUCGAGCAAAGGCUUCACGUCAAUCUAUUGCUUUGUCAAAGGCUGGUAACCGUGAUUCUUUCCAAAGCACUGCUUCAACGUCUGAGGAUGAAUACAUGUACGAAGAUGCAAAGACGCCUGGUAUCCAUCCACAACGGCUAAGACUUAAAGUCAGUCGUAAUGGCAAUCGACGUUCACGUGUUGCUAGUGAUGAUGCUAAAGCGGAAAGUCCAAUUGACUUUGUCGAUAGCAAUCACGGCACCCCUAAACCGGCUGGACAAAGCUUGUUUGCAGAAUUGGGCGAAUUAGGAAGCGAUGAUGAGUCUGUCGCUUCUGGCCCUCCUAGUCGCUAUGCAUCAAGGGGUAAUACUCCACAAUCAUCGAGACCAAGCACCGCUAGAAAUGUUUCCACUGCAAUUACCAUACCACCAGUACCAAGAAUACCAAUGAUCGAUUCUGCUAUGAUGACCGAUCCUUGGGAGCCAGAGCCCCAUACACAAACAUCAAGUGUGCCAAUAUUGUCAGGCCUUACCGGUGCCGCACUUGGGGCUGCUGGUGGUGUUGCGGCUGUAUUAGGUUUUAAUAAAGAACAUGAUCGAGCGAUGUCACCUGAACCUGAAUUUGAAUCUCAAGUUCUUCAACCUACAAUCGAUGCCUCAAAUAAUGAGCCCCUGACCAAGGAAAGUCAGCCAAUAGUUUCACAUCCACAAAUUGAGCCACAGACAUCUGAACUUUCACCAGAAGCUGAGGCUACUAGGUCUAAUCCAACGGAAGAAGCUUAUCCUCUUUCUUCAAAAUACUCGGGUAGACCACCUAUGUCUGAUGCUGCUCAUCAAUGGCACGAUGAACAAAUGAAACAGCAAGCAGAUGGUUUACUAAAGGUUCAACCGCAACACGAUGUAGUAAGACCAGUGUCCACAACAUACAGCGAUAUGAGUUCACAAUAUGACAAUGAACUCAUUAAUGAAAAAUUAGACAGAUUCCCAUCGCCUCCAAUCUCCAGUACCAUUCCAUUGACGAUAUCUACAAUUCAAUCCGAACAUAUUGAGGCUGUACCAAUCCCAGAGAUGGAACCAAUAGAAGCCGCUCCACUGACGUUAUCUACGAUUCAUUCAGAGCAGAUCGACGCCGAGCCAAUCCCGAUUGAGCCAUUGACGAUGUCCACUAUUCAAUCCGAACACGUCGAGCCAAUUGUUAUUGAGGAUGUCCGCUCAGAACCAUCUACUUUACCUGCUGUUCUGCCUGAUGUUCUCCCAUCUACUCCAAAACGCUCACCAAGACCCGAUUACUUUUCAAUGUCUCCAGGUUUGGGCUUCUCUACCAUCCAAUCGGUUGAUACAGAACCUAUUGCACCUCCUACUCCAAGAAGUCCAAAGAGAGAUGGUGUUCUGCUCUCUGCAUUCCCAGCUUCGGAAAGUAAAUCUGUUGUUGAAGACAAAUCAGAAGCCAUAUAUCCUAUUGUAGAGAGUAAAUCUAUAGAUCAAACCACAUCAGAGGAGCUCAGGUCAAAAGAUGAGCCACAGACGCCAAAGACUGGCUUCAUGAGUUCCGUUUUUGGUGGUUGGAACAAAAAGCAGUCUAGUGCGCCAAUUAUUGCUGAGGAUGAAACUCGUCAAUCUCCAAGUCAAUCACCAGUGGCAGAAACACCAGAAUCUCAACGACCCUUCAAACCAAUAUCGGGCAAUACCACCGAACGGGCUCUCAAGAAGCCUCGCGUUGAGAUGUCAGACGAAAGUUCACAGACUGCUUUGACGGCAGAACAAAUCGAUCAAAUGCUCAACAAGAGCAAGCGACAAGAUACCAUCCUUGCGGAGGACGGACAGAAGGCCAAUGCUCACUCUUCGCCACAUGCUAUUAGCAUCCCUGUAGCUCUUAAGACCCACAAGUCACAAGAGAGUAUUGGCAGCAUUGGUCGUUCCAAAGCAAAGAGUCCUGACACUGAAUCUUCCGUAGACUAUAUGGCUGCCAGAAGACCUACAAGUUCCGGAAGUGGUAGGAAUGCAUCAAUCCCAAGUAUUCACCCACCUCUACCCUCAGAUCAUAAGCAAGUCAUUGCUGCUGCUGCUCAACGUACAGGUUCUGCAAAUGGAUCGGGUGAUCACAGACAUCUCACUACACUUCCUGAAGACCAACAACAAGAACAACCAAAACGUACCGGAUCCUCAACUAGCGCAGGUACAGGUGCUAUGGGACCUCCGCCACUACCAUCUAGUCAUAAGAAUCGACCCAAGACCCCAAGUUCUCAAGCUCAUGGAUCUAUGAAGAUAAUAUCAACUUCAAAAUAUAGAAACCCAUCUACUGAGCGCGAAGUACACUCUCCAACUGGCACAGGAAGAUCAAGACACUCUUCGGUGUCUUCAUUUGCAUCUGAGGUGGACACUCGCUUCAAUUUACGUGCUGGAGUUCCAAUGCCACAAGGAGUAGAGCCAAGUACCGAUCCAAGGAUGAUCAAUGCUAUCACUCAAACAAUGAUCGGUGAAUAUCUUUGGAAAUAUACUCGCAAAGCUGGUCGUGGUGGGAUGUCUGAAAACCGUCAUCGACGUUAUUUCUGGGUUCACCCAUAUACGAGAACAUUGUAUUGGAGCGAUAGAGAUCCUUCAACUGCUGGUCGUUCGGAGCUAAAGGCAAAGAGUGUAGCCAUUGAAGCUGUUCGAGUUGUAACUGAUGAUAAUCCAAUGCCACCUGGAUUACAUCGUAAGAGCUUGGUUAUCCUAACACCUGGUCGAACUGUUCAAUUUACUGCCAGCACAGGACAACGUCAUGAAACUUGGUUCAACGCACUGUCAUACUUACUUCUGCGCACAGGAGAAGAUGCUGUGACUGAUACUGUUGAAGUCUCGGGAGCGCUGACAAGCGAAGAUGUUGAUGAGUUCAAUCCUGGAUAUGGUCAUGCACACCUAGGUAGUAGACGAGGAGCUCCAUCCCUUUCAUCAUACAACAGUCGAACUACUCGUAAUGACUCGCCAAUAAGCAAGGAUAGAAGAUAUUCUACUAUGCAUCCUCGAUUAACAUCAAGGCCUUCAAGACCAACUUUGGCCUCAAACACUUUCUCUCGACUUAGCAAUUACCUAUUGCCUGGUGAUGGAAAUAGAUCUUUCUCUGGUCGAAGGAGCCGAAGCGUCAACGGGGCCCAAAGCAUCUAUGAAGCUAGCGAGGUUCACGAUAGUGCUGAGGAUUUAAGAGAACAAAUCGAAAGAGAGGAUCGGGAAUCUGACAGAUUAGAGAACGUACGAGCAUGUUGCGAUGGCAAACACGAUGUCGGUCAUCUUCAUCAUGAAACUCCCAAAGGUCGCCGAACUAUGAGUGCGGCAUCAGGCUCUUAUGGACAGACACAUCGUGCUCCAAGUCGAACCAGUCAAAGGCCAACCGAACCAACUCAACAGACAUAA